CCGGACAGCCUGUUGACGUGCCUGAAUCAGAUGCAGAGUAUUUCGAGGGAGUGCGCAAGAAAUUCCGCACGCUACUGCUCAGUGUGGAAGAACACAAUCGUACAAGUCCUUUUAUGUUGGCUAUCUGUUUUCAGUAGGCCAAAGUAAUGUAGGAAGUAUCCCUCCUCAAAUAGAUGAUCGAACUUGGAUCAUCCAUUUGUUCUGGGGCGGCUCUUGUAUUUCAUACACUAUUAAGUGGAUGGCUCGCGGCGCCUAGAAUAGACGGAUCCUAGCAUAAACGUGGCCACUAUAGUUUUUUUUUAUAUAUAGCUGGACUUAUUGUUUUUUAUGUAAUGUGGUUUCCUAGUUAGACGUGCUCCACUGGUAAUAUUACUGUCGCGAUCAUCAAUCAAUCAAUCAAUCAUCUCUAAUGCUUCGGGUAUUGACUUGGUACGAACGCUAUUGCUGUGUGACAUCGGCUGCGGUGUGUACGGGAAUGACCCUAGGAUUGUUGGCUCACUUUUUGGAGAAGUUUUGUGUGAGUUGGCCCAUGCAGGACAGUUUCGAACACUGGACCAGAUCGUGAUCUCAGGGAAGAAAGCUUUUUUUGAUGGAAUAAUGUCGAGAGAAGUAUGUGAAUAUGCUCAUUGAUUCGAAAGAUAGAAGCAGGGCGUAUUGAUUGUUUAACUUCGCCAAGACCACGAACUCCAUUGACACACACACUCGAUCGUUCUAAGAACCAGUAUUUCUUAGUACUCUAUGAAGAAGAUCUGAACAACAAUGAAUAUCUAAUGUACUAGUACACCGAUAAGAAUAAGUUAAAAUGAAUAAUGUGAAACUCGUUUUGGGUUCCUCACUAAACUCUGCUGAUCUAUUACGUAAGUCCGAUGAAGAACACUCUUAUUAUCCUGUAAAAAUUCCGAUUGUGUAAAAUGAUAUCAACAUGGUUCAAACACCAUCAAAAACACUAAAAUUGAGCUGCAUUGGCUCCUGACUUUGAAACAUGGGUUUUUUAUCAUUCCAAACAAGCUACGCG